AUGGCACCCUACGCUUACGCCGUUUACUAUGGUGUUUUCAUCCAACUCCCGCGCCAGCCAGAUGAGCCUGCCACGGCCACUUCGCCGCCAAAACAUAGAUUGUCUAUUAACCAUGGUGCGUUGUGGGUUUCGCAGGCGGAUGGGAAAAUUAAAGGAUUUGACUGGACGGUCAAGGAUGAAGAGGGGUUGGCGGGGUUAAUUAAGAGGAUGGGCUGGAGGGUCGAGAUCCAAGACCAGGGAAGCGUUGGCGGAGUUGGAGAGUUGGUGACCAUUGUGAAAGCUCGAGCGAAGAGGAAUGGGUUCUUUUUCCCGGGGUUUAUUGACUCCCACAUCCAUGCACCCCAGUAUCCCAACUCUGGCAUAUUCGGGUCUUCCACUCUCCUGGACUGGCUAGAAACAUACACCUUUCCACUGGAAUCCUCCUUCGGCAACAAGGAUAAUCCCUCGGAACCUCCGCUGUCUGCCCGCACGGUCUACAAUCGCGUCGUAUCCCGCACCCUCUCCCAUGGCACCACCUGUGCUGCCUACUACGCAACCAUCCAUGUCCCUGCCACCAACCUCCUCGCCACAAUCUGCCACGCCAAGGGUCAGCGCGCCCUCGUCGGCCGCGUCUGCAUGGAUAACUCCGCUAUCUGCCCAGAAUACUACCGCGACGAAUCCGCAGCCUCCUCCCUCUCCGCUACAAAAGCCACAAUCGCCCACAUCCGCGCUCUCGACCCAUCUUCCGCCCUGAUCAGGCCAAUCAUCACCCCGCGCUUCGCCCCCUCCUGCACCCCCAAAGCCCUCAGCGACCUUGGCGCCCUUGCCGCCUCCACCUCCCCUCCCACUCCAAUCCAAACCCACAUCUCCGAAAACCUCAACGAAAUUGCUCUCGUUGCGAAGCUCUUCCCCACCUCCAAAUCCUACGCGGAUGUCUACGAUUCCGCUGGACUUCUGACUCCUCAUACCAUCCUCGCGCAUGCCGUUCAUCUUUCCGCCGACGAGCGCGUGCUCCUCGCCGCCCGCCGCUCGGCCGUGGCGCAUUGUCCUGCCUCCAACUCCGCAAUUGGCUCGGGCCUGUGUCCCGUGCGUGAUUUGCUCGAUGAGGGAAUCACUGUCGGCCUUGGGACGGAUGUAUCCGGCGGCUGGAGCCCGAGCGUUCUCGAGGCGGUGAGACAGGCAUGUCUUGUCUCGCGGCUCGUUCCAUUUGGAAACAGCAAUGGCAGUGCGGCCGCUGGGCCAAGUAGGGGUGGAAAGGGGGCUGGUCGCGAGAAGAUCGGCGUUGAAGAGGGCUUGUAUUUGGCUACCCGUGGCGGGGCGGGGGUUGUCGGUUUACAGGAUGUAAUCGGUGGGUUUGAGGUGGGUAUGUAUUGGGAUGCGCAGAUGGUGGAAAUUGGGGAGGCUGUUGACGACGACGGUGAGGGCGUUCGUGACGAUAUUUUCAAUCGUGGGCGAUACAACAGUAAUGUGGAUGUUUUUGGGUGGGAGUCGUGGGAGGAGAAGAUUGCGAAGUGGGUUUGGAAUGGAGAUGAUAGAAAUGUUAAGGCUGUAUGGGUUGCGGGAAGGGCAAUCCAAUAUUCACAGUACUAUAUCUAUGCAUUCCAGCAAGCGCAUCGCGACAGCAACCAACGAGAUACUAGGGUUAAAUUCCGGGUUCUCAUAGUAGGUGGAGGAAUUGCUGGCCUAGUCCUGGCCAAUAUGCUUCAGAAGCAUGGUAUUGACUUCCUCUUGCUCGAAGCGUAUCCAGAGAUCGCACCCCAGGUUGGUGCCAGCAUCGGCUUCCAACCACAUGGCCUUCGUAUCUUAGACCAACUGGGCGUGUAUCAGGAGCUCCGCAAGCAGGGUGAGUUACUGGUCACCUUUCCUGAUGCUGAGAACACCUUUGUCCAGCGGCAUGGGUAUCCCCUCAUAUUUCUCGAACGCCAGUUGGCUUUAAACAUACUCUACUCGCAUCUCGAUAAAUCGAAGGUUUUGACUGGAAAGGCUGUCUGUAAUGUUGCCCUCUUGCAAAAUGGCGUCACUGUCACAACGAAAAAUGGGGACCUGUACUCAGCGGAUAUCAUCGUUGGAUGCGAAUGGCACCCACAGCACGGUUCGCCGGGAAAUGAUAUGCGGUGUGACUAUGGCUGCGUAUUUGGCAUAUCCAAGGUUUCUUCCCCUCUGCCUAUCGGCUCGUUCACUAGUGUGCUUCGACGCAACAAUUCGUAUGGAAUUCUGGGCGGGCUCCAUGGCCGUGUCUACUGGUUUCACUUUUUUAAGCUUCAGAAUCGUGCUUACGGAGCAGGUAUCCCCCGAUUCAGCAAGGAGGAUGAAUCACGACAUAUCCAGGGGCACGAAAACGACAUUCUCACUCCUAACCUGAAGUUCAAGGACCUCGUAAAGGGGAAGGUCACCUGUAAUAUGACUGCCCUUCCUGAAUACAUUGUUCAGCAGUGGCAUCACAACCGCAUCAUAACGAUCGGGGACUCGGCACAUAAGGUUCGAUAA